AUGGAGCAAACUAAAGCCCUCAAUGCUCUGGAGCCCUUCCUAGCCCUGACAAAAUCAGCCUCGUCCCCCCGCGCCGCCGCCGACCUCAUCACAAGAGCCACCUCCCAUCCCAACACCUUCAUAUUCGCCGAGCUGCUCCAAGCACCGCAGAUCCAAGCUCUAGCUCAAGCUCCCGAACAAGCUUCCUAUCUGGCGCUCCUCAAGCUCUUCAGCUAUGGCACCUACACCGACUACAUCAAUACGCCUAACCUCCCUCCUCUCAACGAGCAACAGACCCUGAAGCUGCGCCAGCUCUCCUUCCUCACCCUGGCCAGGAACCCUGCAAACUUGAGCUAUGCCAACCUCCUUCGGGAACUGGGUCUCGAAACGCCCCGGGAGUUGGAAGAUCUCGUCAUUUCUGCCAUCUACGCUGGUCUCGUGUCCGGCACCCUCGACCCUUACCACCAGGUCGUGCGUCUGUCCUCCGUGUCUCCCCUCCGCGAUCUGCCUCCAAACUCCAUAUCCUCGAUGCUCAGCACGCUGAAUGAAUGGUCUUCCCGCUGCGUAUCCACGCUGGCCGAGCUGGAGAAGCAGAUCGCUACCUUCAGGGCCGAAGCUCUGAAGCGCCACCGUGACGAGCAGGAAUGGGCUGCCACUGUGGAGAAGUUGGCGGAGGGAAAGUCGUCGGAUAAGAACCAGAGUCAGAGUUCAGGAAGUGAUACUUUGUAUGCCCAGUUGAAUAGGAAACUGGGAGCGGGAGCGGCGUCGAAGCGGGGGAAUGGGGGAAUGGACGGUCAGGAUAAUGAUGAUAUGGACCUUGAUGAAGAGGAUGAGGAUACCAGUAACCGGAGGGAGUUGAGAUCCGCUAAGAAGAGGGGAUUUUCGAACUUGGGCUCUGGGAAAUAG